AUGGGGUUUCCCAAGAAGUGUCUGGUAUGUUCAGCAGAAAGUUAUAAGUUUUUUUCUAUACAAGAAGAUGGGGCUAACAUGCUAGAGGCUUUGACUUCUAUAAAGACAGAAGACAACACACGUCCAACAGAAGCCUGUAUCAAAUGUUGGUUGAACCUUAAAUAUGCGAAUAGAAUUCAAAAAAGAUUUCUCAGAGAUAGGAGACCACAAAAUUUUACAGAUUUCACUGGUUUCGACCAUAUUGAAGUCGAUGAGGUGCAUUUUCAGGAUGAUGAUAGGAAAAGUGAACUUGAAUUGGAUUUUCAAUCAACUAAUACGCCAGAAGUAGUAGUAGAAAAGAAUCCUAAUAUAGAAAAUGAUGAGAAAAUCUGCAAUGAAAACAUUGUUCACAAAUCAGAGAACAAAAUAACUUCAUGCAAAAUAUGUGGCGAUCCCAUUUUUGAAGAUGAAAUGUUGGAACAUACCAGAAGUCAUUUUUUCUCAAGGAUUAAAUGUGAUCAGUGUAACAUGUACUGCAAUAACAUUGAAUCCUACAGAAAUCAUGUUGGCCAAGCUCAUUCAGACUCAUUAUCCAGAAUUUUGACAUGUAAAAUUUGCAAAACCACAUUUUCCUACAAGCCACUGUACUUGAUACAUCUCAAUAAGGCUCAUAGAAGGCGUCAGGGCUUGUCUUUGAAGCUCAAGAAAAACCGUGACGAUAACAAGCUUCAUGAUUGUCCUUACUGCAAUAAACGAUUCAAAAGCGAAGAGAAUUGUUUGAAACAUAUGAAAGGACACAACAAAAAAAAAUGUAACUUAUGUGGACUCUUAGUCACUCCAUCCAAUUUCACAGCACAUGUGAAGACCCACAAAGAAAAACCUGUUGCUUGUCAUAUUUGUGGCAUGUUUUAUAAAAAUUCCGUUUGCUUGAGGAGCCAUAUUCACUAUACACAUUCUACUACUACUUAUUUAUGUGAAUUUUGUGAUAAGGUUUACAAGAAAUCAUAUGCUUUGUCUAUGCAUAUCAAGAAAGAACAUACUGGUGAAAAAUCUCAUACUUGCGACGUAUGUGGCAAACGGUUCUUUACCUUCUUCAACCUGAACACGCAUAAGAAGAUGACGCACUUGAAGCUUCGGCCACAUGCUUGCCAGUACUGCAACAAGAAGUUCUCUAGCAAAUUUGCUAGGGUCACUCAUGAACGUCAACACACCAACGUGAAGCCCUACAAGUGUGAAAUAUGCGGGCAAGGCUACCGACAGAAUGUCUCAUUGAAAUCACACAAAAAGUCUGCGCACGAUAUAGUUGAGGAGUUGACUUGUAAAUGUGAAGUUUGCGGGAAAAAAUUUGCUAGCAAUUUCGCAGUUUUGAGUCAUAUGAGAUUACAUUAG